AUGCCUUCUUACCGUGCCUCCCGUCUUUGCCUCAGCCUCCUUGCCCUUUCCACCGGCGCGCACGCGCUUUCGGUCCCCUUCGCGCCCGACAAGCGCGCCGCCGCGGCGACCGCGAUGACGGACGCGCAAAUGGCAGCCAUCAAGCCUUACGUCUUCUACGAGAGCGCCACGUACUGUAGAGCUAGCACGCUCGUGCCCAACUGGAACUGCGGCGCGUGGUGCGACGCCAACCCGGACUUUAAACCUGUCGCCGCGGGAGGUGACAACUCCGGAACUCAGCCUUUGCGCCUGGUUGAAGGGUUCGUCGGGUAUGACCCGAAAACCCAGGAAGUUGUUGUCAGCCACCAGGGGACGGAUCUCCGGUCAAUCGAGCAACUUAUCGAAGAUUUCAACCUCGUCUUCACCAACCUCGACUCGACCUUAUUCCCCGGUAUGAGCUCUGACAUUAAGGUUUACAAGGGCUUCCAAGAUGCUUUCAAAAAGCGAGUAUCCGCGACGGACACCCUGGCUGCCGUCCAGAAGGCCAUGUCCACCUUCAACACCAAGAAGGUCGUCGCCACCGGCCACUCCCUCGGCUCCGCAAUGGCGCUCCUCGAGUCCCUCUACUACCACCUCAACCUCCCAGACGCUAACGUGCGCUUCUUCGGCACCGGCCUCCCACGCGUCGGGAACCAGGCGUUCGCGGACUUCAUCGACGCCGCGCCCCUCUCCGCGUCCUUCCUCACCAACGCGCGCGACAUCUUCCCCCGUCCUGCCCCCGAACGCCAGGAGAACGGCGACCAGCACUGCUCCGUCGGCGAGGUGUCGCUGCUCCACCAGAACGUCUCGGCGCACAACGGCCCGUACGGGGGGAUCAACAUCGGCAACACCGGCUGUAAUAUCCCCAACUAA